GCUCCUUUCCUGAGCAGUGGCCGGUAAUAAAAUUAAGCCUAUUUUGUUUUAAGAGGUAUCUUUUAGGGGUUUAAUAGAGUUAGAGCCAUGCCCUGAUUAGUCUCCUCUAGGGGUUUGAUUCAAAUAUUUUCCGAUGAGCGUCCCUAAUGGGCAACCUUUUCAUGUGGGAGUCCCGCUGGGCCUACAUGUAUUUGUUACUGGUAUUCCUUAUAUUUUGGUGUCAUUGUAACAAGAAAGCUUAUGGUGUUUGUAGGCCUGAUGUCAGGACAAGGGCAAGCAAAUUCAGCUAUCCUUUGAAUGCAUAAUCUGUAAUAAAAGUAUUCAUUUCGUCUCCUUUCUUUGUGAUUUCUUUGUUAAUUAUAUCUUUUCUUCCUAGAGCUGAGGGUUUGAUUUUCAAUACUUUUCUUUUUGAACCCUAUGAAUUUUGUCCUUCUUCAUGUACACAGUGAACUAACCUUGGUUUGUUACAAUGUACUCUAGCUUAAUGAUCAAAUUUAUAGCAAGCAAACUUUUGAUAUUUUCUUAUUCUGUCAUCUUUGCAUCAGGGUCGUUUAACAUGUGUUCCAAAGUACCAGGGUUUAAGAACAGACAUUCUGAAUGAACAGACUUGUACAUUGAGUAAUGACACCUUGGCAAUCAAAGAUCGGAAAGAUGAGAAAGUGAUCCAUUUAUUUGAAGCUCAAUCAGGAAAGCCAGUGGGUAGUGGACAACCAAUACAGCAUUCUCUUGAAGUGAUGGAGAUUGCCCUUAGCCAGUGUGGUCCAACCAGCGACAGACAACUGGCAGUUAUUGACAAAAACAGGGAUCUCUAUCUCACUCCAAUCAAACACAUUGGCCCUGCAGAAAGGCUGGUUAAACUUGGAACAAUGAUAACCACAAUGGCUUGGAAUGACAACACAAACAUGUUGGCAGCAUUCCAGGAUGGCAGGUUUAUUGUAUGGUACUAUCCCAGUGCCGUGUAUGUGGACCAGGACAUCUUGCCAAAAACACUUCUGGAGAAAGAUUCCAGUGAUUUUGGAAAGAGUCCCCAGAUUGUUAGCUUCUUGGAAAACCAUUGUACGAUGAGAAGGGCUGAUGGUUCACUGUGCAGUACAAUAAUUUCACCGUAUCCAUCCAUGCUUCACAAGUAUGCCAGUGAAUCUAAAUGGGAAGAUGCGAUUCGACUUUGUAGAUUUGUGAAGGACACCAUUUUGUGGGCAUGUCUGGCCACAAUGGCUGCCUAUGCAAAGGAUCUCAAUACAGCGGAGACAGCUUAUGCUGCCAUAGAUGAAGCUGACAAAGUCCAAUACAUCAACCACAUCAAGGAGAUUCCUACCAAGGAAGGAAGAAAUGCUGCCAUGGCUCUCUUCUGCCGACAGACUAAAGAAGCAGAGACCAUACUCUUGCAAGCUGGACUCAUGUACAGGGCAAUACAGAUGAAUAUUGACCUCUUCAACUGGGACAGGGCCCUUGAACUUGCUGUUAAACACAAGACUCAUGUGGACACAGUUCUGGCAUACAGACAGAAAUAUUUGGAAAACUUUGACAGAAAAGAAACAAGCAAACGAUUUCUGCAGUAUGCACAAGGGGUCGAGGUUGACUGGGAGAAAAUAAACGCCAAGAUUGAUAUGGAGUUACAGAAAGAGGCAGCAAGACCUGGGGCAAAACCCUACAAUGGCUGACAUGGUUUUAUUUAUAUUUGUUUAUAGAGUGAUCAGCAUUUUGAUGAUGCACUGCAAACAAGCUUGUAAAUAUUUCAAUCAUCAUUUAAGGUAGCACUUUUAGUGCAGAACAUGAAGUUUACUAUGGUCACAGUAUGGCACUUACAGUUAACACAAAGGAGUCUUUGCAUUAAACAAAAUAGUUCACAAAUUGAAAGAGUCCUUUCAAAAGAUGCACAUGUAACAUAUUGUUCAGUAGUUGUCUCGCAGAGCACAGAGAAAUAACACAGAUCUAACAAUGAAUUGAUAGAUUGCCUUCCAUGAUGAAGUAUUAGUACUUAGUACCAUAGUUUAGAGUGGUUUUCAAUUGAGUGUCAAAAGUUAUUAGACAAUUACUUUGGUUUUGGUUUUGGUUUUACUACGGUUU